CAGCGACAGCCCGCGCACUGGGCAGGAGUUGCCGCUGCUGCUGCCGCCCGCGUCUUCAAGGUCUCAGCGCUUCCUCACCGGAGACCGGACUCAGCCGCCAUGUCCGCCGCAGAGGAGGUUGAUGGGCUGGGUGUGGUCCGGCCACACUAUGGCUCUGUCCUGGAUAAUGAGAGACUCACUGCAGAGGAGAUGGAUGAAAGGCGACGGCAGAACGUGGCUUACGAGUACCUUUGUCAUUUGGAAGAAGCAAAGAGGUGGAUGGAAGCUUGCCUAGGAGAGGACCUGCCACCCACCACGGAGCUGGAGGAGGGCCUUAGGAAUGGAGUCUACCUUGCCAAACUAGGGAACUUCUUCUCUCCCAAAGUGGUGUCCCUGAAAAAAAUCUAUGAUCGAGAGCAGACCAGAUACAAGGCUACUGGCUUGCACUUCAGACACACGGAUAAUGUGAUUCAGUGGCUGAAUGCCAUGGAUGAGAUUGGAUUGCCUAAGAUUUUUUACCCAGAAACCACAGAUAUCUAUGAUCGGAAGAACAUGCCAAGAUGUAUCUACUGUAUCCAUGCCCUCAGUUUGUACCUGUUCAAGCUGGGCCUGGCUCCUCAGAUUCAAGACCUGUAUGGAAAGGUUGACUUCACAGAGGAGGAAAUCAACAACAUGAAGAUCGAGCUGGAGAAGUACGGGAUCCAGAUGCCUGCCUUCAGCAAGAUCGGGGGCAUCCUGGCUAAUGAGCUCUCGGUGGAUGAAGCUGCAUUACAUGCUGCUGUCAUUGCUAUUAAUGAAGCUAUCGACCGUAGAGUUCCAGCCGACACAUUUACAGCUCUGAAAAACCCCAAUGCCAUGCUUGUUAAUCUGGAAGAACCCCUGGCUUCCACUUACCAGGAUAUUCUUUACCAGGCCAAGCAGGACAAGACGACAAAUGCUAAAAACAGGACGGAAAACUCUGACAGAGAAAGGGACGUUUAUGAGGAGCUGCUCACACAAGCUGAAAUUCAGGGGAAUGUAAACAAAGUCAAUACAUUCUCUGCCCUGGCCAACAUCGACCUGGCGUUAGAGCAGGGCUGUGUGACGGCCCUGCUUAAGGCUCUGCAGUCACCGGCCCUGGGCCUCCGCGGGCUGCAGACCCAGAACAGCGACUGGUACAUGAAGCAGCUCCAGAGCGACCAGCAGCAGAAGAGACAGAGUGGCCAGACUGACCCCCUGCAGAAGGAGGAGGUACAGGCCGGAGUGGACGCUGCCAACAGUGCUGCCCAGCAAUACCAACGAAGAUUGGCAGCAGUAGCAGCCAUCAAUGCAGCGAUCCAGAAGGGCAUCGCCGAGAAGACCGUUUUGGAGCUGAUGAAUCCUGAAGCCCAGCUGCCCCAGGUGUAUCCGUUUGCGGCCGAUCUCUAUCAGAAGGAGUUGGCUACACUGCAGCAGCAGAGUCCUGAACAUAGCCUCACCCAUCCUGAACUCACCGUAGCGGUGGAGAUGCUCUCUUCCGUGGCCCUCAUCAACAGGGCUCUGGAGUCAGGAGACAUGAACACCGUGUGGAAGCAGCUGAGCAGCGCAGUCACAGGCCUUACCAAUAUCGAGGAAGAGAACAGUCAAAGGUAUCUCGAUGAGUUGAUGAAGCUGAAAGCUCAGGCACAUGCAGAGAAUAAUGAAUUUAUUACAUGGAAUGACAUCCAGGCUUGUGUGGACCAUGUGAACCUGGUGGUCCAUGAGGAACAUGAGCGGAUUUUGGCCAUCGGUUUAAUUAAUGAAGCCUUGGAUGAAGGGGACGCUCAGAAGACUCUGCAGGCCUUGCAGAUUCCUGCGGCUAAACUCGAGGGGGUCCUUGCGGAAGUGGCGCAGCAUUAUCAAGACACACUGAUCAGAGCAAAGAGAGAAAAGGCCCAGGAAACCCAGGAUGAGUCAGCUGUGUUAUGGUUGGAUGAAAUUCAAGGUGGAAUCUGGCAGUCCAACAAAGACACCCAAGAAGCUCAGAAGUUUGCCUUAGGAAUCUUUGCCAUCAAUGAAGCUGUAGACAGCGGUGAUGUUGGCAGAACUCUGAGUGCCCUUCGUUCCCCGGAUGUUGGCUUAUACGGAGUCAUCCCCGAAUGUGGGGAAACAUACCAGAGUGACCUUGCUGAAGCCAAGAAGAAGAGACUAGCAGCAGGGGACAACAACAGCACAUGGGUGAAGCACUGGGUGAAAGGCGGGUACUACUACUACCACAACCUGGAGACGCAAGGCGGAGGGUGGGACGAACCCCCAGACUUCGUGCAGAAUUCUGUGCAGCUUUCUCGAGAGGAGAUCCAGAGCUCCAUCUCUGGAGUGACCGCUGCAUAUAACCGAGAGCAGCUUUGGCUGGCCAACGAAGGCUUGAUCACCAAGCUGCAGGCCUGCUGCCGUGGCUACCUAGUGCGGCAGGAGUUCCGGUCCCGGAUGAACUUCCUGAAGAAGCAGAUCCCCGCCAUCACCUGCAUUCAGUCACAGUGGAGAGGAUACAAGCAGAAGAAAGCAUAUCAAGACCGGCUGGCUUACCUGCACUCCCACAAAGAUGAAGUUGUGAAGAUUCAGUCCCUUGCCAGGAUGCAUCAAGCUAGAAAGCGCUAUAGAGAUCGCCUGCAGUAUUUCCGAGAUCACAUAAAUGACAUUAUCAAAAUCCAGGCUUUCAUUCGGGCAAACAAAGCUCGUGAUGACUACAAGACUCUCAUCAAUGCUGAGGAUCCGCCUAUGAUUGUGGUCCGAAAGUUUGUCCACCUCCUGGACCAAAGUGACCAGGACUUUCAGGAGGAGCUUGACCUCAUGAAGAUGCGGGAGGAGGUCAUCACCCUCAUCCGUUCCAACCAGCAGCUGGAGAAUGACCUCAAUCUUAUGGACAUCAAAAUCGGACUGCUGGUGAAGAACAAGAUCACGCUGCAGGAUGUGGUUUCCCAUAGUAAAAAGCUUACCAAGAAGAACAAGGAGCAGCUGUCUGAUAUGAUGAUGAUUAACAAGCAGAGGGGAGGCCUCAAGGCCCUGAGCAAGGAGAAGAGGGAGAAGCUGGAAGCCUACCAGCACCUGUUCUACUUACUACAGACCAACCCCACCUAUCUGGCCAAGCUGAUCUUUCAGAUGCCUCAGAACAAGUCCACCAAGUUCAUGGACUCAGUCAUCUUCACCCUGUACAACUACGCAUCCAACCAGCGAGAGGAGUACUUGCUCCUAAGACUGUUCAAGACGGCACUCCAGGAGGAGAUCAAGUCAAAGGUGGAUCAGAUUCAAGAAAUCGUGACAGGAAACCCUACGGUUAUUAAGAUGGUUGUGAGUUUCAACCGUGGUGCCCGGGGCCAGAAUGCCCUCCGACAGAUCUUGGCCCCUGUUGUGAAGGAGAUUAUGGAUGACAAAUCGCUCAACAUCAAGACCGACCCUGUGGAUAUUUACAAGUCUUGGGUUAAUCAGAUGGAGUCUCAGACGGGAGAGGCAAGCAAACUGCCCUAUGAUGUGACCCCUGAGCAAGCCUUGUCUCAUGAAGAAGUGAAGACAAGGCUAGACAACUCCAUCAGGAACAUGAGGGCCGUGACAGACAAAUUCCUCUCAGCCAUCAUCAGCUCUGUGGACAAAAUCCCUUACGGGAUGCGUUUUAUUGCCAAAGUGCUGAAGGAUUCGCUGCAUGAGAAGUUCCCUGACGCUGGUGAGGACGAGCUGCUGAAGAUUAUUGGUAACUUGCUUUACUACCGAUACAUGAACCCGGCAAUCGUUGCUCCCGAUGCCUUUGACAUCAUUGACCUGUCAGCAGGGGGCCAGCUCACCACAGACCAGCGCAGAAAUCUGGGCUCCAUUGCGAAGAUGCUCCAGCAUGCAGCUUCCAAUAAGAUGUUUCUGGGCGAUAAUGCCCACUUAAGCAUCAUUAAUGAGUAUCUUUCUCAGUCCUACCAGAAAUUCAGACGGUUUUUCCAAACUGCUUGCGACGUCCCAGAGCUGCAGGAUAAAUUUAACGUGGAUGAGUAUUCUGAUCUAGUCACCCUCACCAAGCCGGUAAUCUACAUUUCCAUUGGCGAAAUCAUCAACACCCACACUCUCCUGCUGGACCAUCAGGAUGCCAUUGCUCCAGAGCACAAUGACCCCAUCCACGAACUGCUGGACGACCUUGGCGAGGUGCCCACCAUUGAGUCCCUGAUAGGGGAAAGUUGCGGCAAUGUAAAUGACCCCAACAAGGAGGCCCUGGCCAAGACAGAAGUGUCCCUCACGUUGACCAACAAGUUUGAUGUGCCCGGUGACGAGGAUGCAGAGAUGGAUGCUCGGACCAUCCUACUGAACACAAAACGUCUAAUUGUGGAUGUCAUCCGGUUCCAGCCAGGAGACACCUUGACUGAAAUCCUAGAGACGCCAGCCACCAGUGAACAGGAGGCUGAACAUCAGAGGGCCAUGCAGAGACGCGCUAUCCGGGAUGCCAAAACCCCUGACAAGAUGAAAAAGUCAAAACCCAUGAAGGAGGAUAGCAACCUCAGCCUUGAGGAGAAGAAGGAGAAAAUUCAGACUGGCCUCAAGAAGCUAACAGAGCUUGGGACCGUGGACCCAAAGAACAAAUACCAGGAACUCAUCAAUGACAUUGCCAAGGACAUCCGGAAUCAGCGGAGGUACAGACAGAGGAGGAAAGCCGAGCUGGUCAAACUGCAGCAGACGUACGCGGCUCUGAACUCGAAGGCCACCUUUUACGGAGAGCAGGUGGAUUACUACAAGAGCUAUAUCAAAACCUGCUUGGAUAACUUGGCCAGCAAGGGCAAGGUCUCCAAAAAGCCUAGGGAAAUGAAAGGCAAGAAAAGCAAAAAGAUUUCUCUGAAAUACACAGCAGCCAGACUACAUGAAAAGGGAGUUCUUCUGGAAAUUGAGGACCUCCAAGUAAAUCAGUUUAAAAACGUUAUCUUUGAAAUCGGUCCAACAGAAGAAGUUGGAGACUUUGAAGUGAAAGCCAAGUUCAUGGGAGUUCAAAUGGAGACUUUCAUGUUGCAUUAUCAGGACUUGCUGCAGCUACAAUAUGAAGGGGUCGCAGUCAUGAAGUUAUUCGAUAGAGCUAAAGUAAACGUCAACCUCCUCAUCUUCCUUCUCAACAAGAAGUUCUAUGGGAAGUAACCGGUCGUUUGCUGCCAGCCCAUAAGAAUUCAAAAGGACAAUGCCUCACCUCUGCCUUUCUAGGAUCCUCCAUUACUCCUUGGAAGCAAAGACCUUGUCCAGUGGUGUCGCAGUCUCACACUCCUGAAGCCCAUGUUUAAGUCCUCUCGCUCCGACAGGACAUUCAGUGCCCUCUUUAAUAGUGAAGUUGUAUUUCAGGCUUCAUCUUACACACACACACA